AUGAAAGAUAACUACUGCAGAAUUUGUUUAAAAUCAACAAGAUUCCUAAAAUCAAUAAUAGAACCUCAAACUUCUUUUUGUGUAUUAACAUUUAUUAAUAAACUCUGCAAUGUAGCGAUUUUAGAGAAUGAAGAGUUUUCGAAUAAAAUAUGUAAAAGUUGCUUGGAUAAAUUAACUAUUGCUCAUAAUAUCCGUUCAACUUGCAUAGCAUCUGAUAACAAAUUACGACAGCAAAUCAUUCCAACGAAAACUUCUUCUGACCCUUCGACAAAUAUUAAAACUGAAAUUCAAGAAGAGAUUCUUGAGGUCAAAAGUCUUCAUAACAACAUUGAAACUUUUAAUAACGAAGAGUCAACAGUAUUUUCCAAACGAGAAGCAAACGAUAAAAAUGAAUCUGAGUCUCCGCUUCAUGGGUUUAAAUCGAAAAUUUCCCGAGAUAAGAGUUCAGAAAAAAGCCAUAUGUGCAGUAUUUGUGGCAAAACUUUUUUCACGUUGAGUCAUCUUCGAAGUCAUGAGUUGAUUCACAAGAACACUAAAGAUUUCACUUGCCAUUCCUGUGGGAAAGAAUUUCUUAAAAAAUCGUAUCUUAAUCGACAUAUAAAAUCUCAUUUGAAUGAACGAAAUUAUAAAUGCAAGAUUUGUGACAAAGUCCCUAUUGUGAUCGAACUUUUACUAAGAAAUCUAACAUGGAAUGUCUGCAAUAUAUGCUUCAAGGAUUUCCGACAGCCAUGUCCAUACAGGAAACACAUGCAAACUCAUGUUGAACUUGUUGAGUAACAAAGAAUGGGAGAAAUUCCCAGCUUAAAGCUGAAAAUAUUUUGAGUUCUUUUGUUAUUGCAAUAAAAUUCUCGAACAGAAUGAAACAAAAGUUUUUUAAAGUUGAAAGAAUAGCAAUUUUUAUUAUUAUUUUUUUAAUCAUUCAAUUCUUUUUCCUUCAUUACUUUUCAUUUUUGGAAAUCACCAUUCAAUUAAAUUUUUCAUAAUAUUUAUUUAUGACAUGUCAUUAAAAGUUUCAUUUAAUGUUUUUUUUUUAUUUUCUUCUAACAAUUUCUUAUCAAUGAAAUAAAAAGAUUAAAUAGGAGAAUCAUGAUUAGAUAUUAAUCGUCGUAAAUAUUUAAUGCAUUUCAUAUCUCGAAUGAAGUAAAUAAAAGAAAAGCUUGGCAUCCAAUUAUGAUUACAGUAUUUAAUAAUUUAUGUUUAAUACUCAACCCAUCGAGCUUAAAGUUUCAUCUUUUUAUCUGGUAGGUAAUCAUCGCUCCUUUUGAAUGUUCAAUUGUUCAUCAAAUAUUUGCUACAUAAGAAAGUUUAAUACAUUCAUCUGAUUAUUAAUUUUGUGAAAUAUUUGUAUCUAGAAUCUAGAUAUGAGUUAAACUUCAGCUCAAUAAUUUGGAAAUCUUUUUAUGAUGAAAAUAAUGUUUAUUAUUAAUUUUUUUAUCAUAGAUACUUCGAGUUUUUUUCUCGUGUUUUCAUUUUCAACUUAACUUCAUCCCACAAAAGGUUUUGGCAAUGUACCUACGUACGCAAAUGUUUAGCAUUUCUAAGUAGAAAUUAAAUUCUGUGUCUAAUUAAAAUCUCAUUCAACUCACAUUAUGAUUGUACAUCUUAAGUAUUCAUGUUAUUGUACAGCAGGAAAAAGAAAAGAGAAAAAAGAUUUGUUCUUCUUGAAGACAUGCUCUUGUCCAUUAUAUCAGUAGAAAAACUUGUAGUUUGUCGAUACAUAAAUAUAUGCAUACAUCAAGAAAAUAUUUGUAGAUAUUUCCUGUAGUCAAAACACGUGAAUAAAUUUCUAAACUUUAGUCAUGUGUGCAAAGAAGAUAUUUAUGCUUCAAUAAGGAUGCGAUUUUUCACUCAAGAAAGUAUGCAACAUGUUAGACGUUAGACAGGUUCAUAAGGCAGUGUAAUAAAAACUAUUCAAAUUUUGUUUUGUUUUUCAGUAGUAGUUUUUCCCCUUUAAUCUUACAUAGAUUUUCAAUGAUUCUUUGUUUGUCACUACUAACUACAUAUGUAAUUUCUAAUUUCAGAUCCUUAAUUUACUCAUAAAACUCUUCAUUUUUUCUUUUGAGUUUAUAUUAUUUGACGCGUAUAUUUAAUAACAAUCAGAUAACUACUUGAAAAAAGUUUUGUUCUGUGAAAUUUUGGGAAACUAAUUUAUGGAUGAGAUUUAUAACAACAAAGUGAAGAUUCGUGAACAUAACAUAUAGUAAUCUUGAAGAAUAAAAGAAUUUAACAAGCAUUUGAUGAAGCUACUUCAUGUAAGUAUGUGGUAACAUAAAUGUUUAGAUAAUAUUGCUAAGUAAUGAAAAAGCUUUCAUCCCAUUUACGAGUAAAUAUGGUAAAAAGCUUUCAUUUUUAUUAAAACAUAAACUUUUCAUUAUCAAAAUUCUAAUCUUUGUUAUUAAAUGUUUAUUUUGCUUGGAGGAAAGUAAUUUGCUAAAAUAACAAAAAUUCAAAAAUUCCUUUUUCCUACUACAUCACUUAAAUGAUUUUUCAAUGAAAAUUUUUCUGACGUUGUCGUUGUUGAGGAGAAGAAAAUUCAUAAAACUUUUCUUCUGGCAAAGAAACGUUAAUUUCAAAAGGAAUUUUCUCUCAUCAGACACCAUCAAGCGCGAUAUUUCAUCCUUAAAAAAAUAAGAAAUUUCAGCAACGUCAAAACGAAAAUUACACUUUCUGAUUAUUUCAAGCUUGGCUCAGGAGUUUGAAAAUUUUCCAAUUUGUAAUUUUCUUCGUUUUUCCUGUUGCUCCGUCUUUGAAUCUAUUUAACAAGAUCUUUUCUUUCUUCGGACGAAAUUUAUUUAUAAAAUGAUUCUCAAUUUUCGCAAUGUCAUUCAUUGAAAAAGCAUUCUCAUAACUUUAUCAAGUUAG